AUGGCAGGUAUGCCUCUGAAAAGAAAACAAUCAUCUGGAUGUCAAAAUAGGAAGAACCAAAAAAAGAGAUUGGCAUCUACUAAAUCUCUUGCAGGUUAUUUUGAUAAGUUUUUGAUUAGGAAUCAACCAAUAGUUGGGAACGCCACCAACGAAGAUGAUGCUACAGAUGAUAAGGGUAUGAAUGAGAACGAUGGUAUUGCUGAUAAUGGUAUGAAUGAGGGGAAUGUAAGUGAUGGGACUGCUGAUAAUGGGAUUGAGGAGGAUAAUGUGAAUGUUGGUGUUGCUAAUAAUGGUGUUAAUGAGGGGAUUAAUGGGAAUGUGAAUGUUGUUGUUGCUGAUAAUGGUGUUAAUGACAAUGAGAAUUAUGGAUGUGCUGCUAACAGUAUGAAUGAUGGUGUCUAUGAGGUGAAUAAUGAGAAUAAAGGUUCUGAUGGUGAUAAUAGAGAUAGAAAUGAGGAUGAUGCAAACACAACAGCAUAA